AUGUCUUCAGACAACAACAACAUCAGCAACAAGGAAGAAAAUGAUUCAUCGUCAUCAUUGACUCACCAAUCCUCGUCCACCAUGAAUAAAUUAAAACACAAGGAUGAACCUCCGACCAUGAUUUCAAAGAUUGAUCUUCAAAACAAGGAAUUAAUUCGAGCCAUGGAGAAUCUUCCUUCUACUCAUCAAUUUCUUUCCAAUCUUUCAUCAUCUACUACUCCUUUCCGAUCGGAGCCUUCAUCCACUCUCAUUCAAAUGAUUCCAGAUUUAAUUCAAAUACAUCGUGUGGUUCAUGAAUUAUUACCAAAACCAAACAAGGGACUAUGGGAACCACAGUUCAAUUUGGAUCCAUUUCUUUUGAAUUACAUGGCAUUGUUCUAUCAACAACAACAACAACAACAACAACAACUGGACGCUACUAACAACAACCACACCUCCAUUUCCGAUGAUGGGAAUACUUUGGUUCAGACUUCCAACAAAGAUAAUCACAAUAACCAACAACAACAACAACAGUUAUCAUCCGUUGUUCCUCAAAGAUUAUCAAAGCUCUAG